AUGCCUGGGGGGGAAGAAUCCGCGCGGGGCGGCGCCUCCGCGCCGAGGCGGCCCGGCGGCCCGCGAGGCAGCGGCGCCGGCCGCCGCGAGGCAGCGGCGCCGGCCGCCGCGAGGCCCGCGGUGGCGUUCGCGGCCCUCCAGUGGCGCCCGCUGGCCGUCCCGCCGGCCUCGGCGGCCGCCCGCAGAGCCUCGAGCUGGGCGGCGGCCGUGGGCGUUGCUGGAGGGGGGGCGACAAGCCCAGGGAGCUUUCCUUCAACAGAAAAAUCACCACUGGCUAGCAUUGUUAUUGCCCAACCCUGA